AUGGAGAGAUGCAGAGCAAUGGAGGCAGCCAAUGGCUCUGAGGGUAGUUUGGAUUUCAACCCUAUGAAGGAUUACAUGAUCCUCAGCAGUACCCAGAAGAUCGCUGUGGCGGUGCUGUGCACUGUGCUGGGCCUGCUAAGUGCCCUGGAGAACAUGGUCGUGCUCUUUCUGAUCCUGUCCUCCCACCGGCUCCGCCGGAAGCCCUCGUACCUGUUCAUUGGCAGCUUGGCUGGAGCAGACCUCCUGGCCAGCGUGAUCUUUGCCUGCAACUUCAUCAUUUUCCAUGUCUUUGGUGACGUGGAUUCCAAGGCUGUCUUCUUACUGAAGAUUGGCAGUGUAACCAUGACCUUCACAGCCUCUGUGGGCAGCCUGCUGCUGACCGCAGUUGACCGCUACCUCUGUCUGUGCUACCCACCUACAUAUAAAGCUCUACUCACCCGUGAGAGGGCCCUCGUGGCCCUCUGUGUCAUGUGGAUCCUGUCAGCAUUGAUCUCAUAUCUGCCUCUUAUGGGAUGGACUUGCUGUCCCAGUCCCUGCUCUGAGCUUUUCCCAUUAAUCCCUAAUGACUAUCUGCUGGGCUGGCUCCUGCUCAUUGCCAUCCUCUUCUCUGGCAUCAUCUAUACCUAUGGGUAUGUCCUCUGGAAAGCCCAUCAGCAUGUAGCCAGCUUGGCAGAGCACCAGGACAGGCAGAUGCCUGGGAUGGCUCCGAUGCGGCUGGACGUGAGGUUAGCCAAGACCCUGGGCCUGGUGCUGGCUGUGUUGCUCAUAUGUUGGUUCCCUGUACUGGUCCUUAUGGGUCACAGUCUGGUUGUCACGCUGAGUGACAAAAUCAAGGAGGCUUUUGCCUUCUGUUCCAUGCUGUGCCUUGUCAACUCCACGGUCAAUCCUAUCAUCUAUGCCCUGCGGAGUGGAGAGAUUCGUUCCUCUGCUCAUCACUGCCUGGUAGACUGGAAAAAGCGCCUGCGGGGUCUUGGGCCUGAGGGGAAGGAAGAAGCCCCAAGAUCAUCUGUCACAGAGACAGAGGCUGAUGUAAAAACCACCCCAGGCCCGAGUUCCAGAGAUCCAGGCUGGUCAGAUUGCUGA